AUGGCUUCCAUGAUGGGCAACGGCAGGGGAGGACGCGGUGGCGGCGGUGGCGGGUGGAGCAAACUCUCGACUGGCGCAAUCGUCGGCAUCGUCAUUGGCAUCUCAGUCCUUGCCGUCAUCACGCUGGCGGUCGUCGGCGCCAGGUUGGGUUGGUGGUGCCGGCCACGCCGCCGGAAGGAGGCCGAUGAAAGUGACUCAGUCUCCAAGGACGACAUGGUCAACCCCACGUCCGAACCCGAGGAUGCUCCCGACGUGGCUUCCAAGGACUGGAGGAGGAAGUUCACGUGGGGGAGGGGGGAUGGAAAUGAAGUCGUGGCCGAGCCUAGGGCUGCUCACGUUGCAGUUGACCAACAAACACCCGUCAUAUGCUCAUCUUCGGUCGACCCGCGGAGAUUGUGA